UCAUAUGGUCGAGUCUGAGAGAGAGAUCGCCGGAGAGAGAGAGCCUGAGAGAGAUAUCGCCGGAGAGAGAGCCUGAGAGAGAGAGAGAUUGCCGGAAAGAGAUUGCCAUCGUCGCUUCACCUAGAAUCUCACCCUCGAUGAACCCUCGUUGUCGUCGUCACUUCGUGAUGAGAAUCUCACUCGAAUCACCCUCGAUGAACCCUCCAGAACCUUCUUGAUCCUCGUUGUCGAAUCGAAUCGCAAGACUAAGUAUUGGGCUAGCCUACGGACAGCCGACCAAUUGACAGCUCUACAUAUGGAUUCAAAUAGUUGAGAGACUCGAGAGUUCCACUGUGAUAAUAUGUAGCAAAAGAAAGCCCAUCGUGCCAAACGCUAAGUAAAUACAUGGGCUUUGAUGAGGAGAGAAAGAGAGAGUGAGUUGGUGGUGACUACUUGAAGAAAACUCGAAAAAGAAAAAAAAUCUCAAAAAAGAAAACUCGUGACUCGUGACUCAACCCAGCCUUACCCCAUUUUAUCCUCUCCACUCGGUGUGGCGCAUGCACCACACAAAAUGGGCCAAGCUCCGUCUUCUCCGGCGGAUUCAACAUCACGAGACACCGCUCUAUGGCUCUGGCCUCCUCCGGAGUUCCUAGAUUACGAUUCCACCGAUCACGAUCUCACGGCAGAUCUCCCCGACGACUGCCUCGCUCACAUCUUCCAAUUCCUCACCGCCGGAGAUCGGAAACGCUGCUCUCUAGUCUCCAAACGUUGGCUACUAAUCGACGGCCAGAACCGCCACCGCUUAUCCCUCGCCGCCAAGGCGGAGAUCCUCCCUUUCCUGCCUUCCCUCUUCUCCCGAUUCGAUUCCGUCACCAAGCUCGCUCUCCGAUGCGAUCGGAACUCCUUCAGCCUAACCGACGAGGCCUUCGCCGUUAUCUCCCUCCGCUGCUCGAAUCUGACGCGCGUCAAGCUCCGCGGCUGCCGCGAGAUCACGGAUCUGGGGAUGGAGUCGUUCGCGAGAAACUGCAAGAGCCUGAAGAAGCUCUCCUGCGGGUCCUGCGAUUUCGGAGCGAGGGGGUUGAACGCUGUGCUGGAGCAUUGCAAGGUUCUCGAGGAGUUGUCUGUUAAGAGGAUCAGAGGGAUCCACGAGACGGCGGAGGCGGUUAAGCUCCACGUGUCUCCUUCGCUUAGGUCUGUAUGUUUGAAGGAGCUUGUUAACGGUCAGGUGUUCGAGUCUUUAGUUGCGUCGAGGACGUUAAAGAAGCUGAGGAUCAUUCGUUGUUUAGGUAAUUGGGAUAAAGUUCUUCAAGUUAACGGAGAUGGGGAGAGUUCUUUGACUGAGAUUCACUUGGAGAGGCUACAAGUUAGUGAUUUGGGACUCUCUGGGAUAUCGAAAUGUCUAAAGUUGGAGACUUUACACAUUGUGAAGACACCUGAGUGCUCGAAUUCGGGUCUGGUUUGCGUUGUGGAGAGAUGUAAAGUGCUUAGGAAGGUUCAUAUUGAUGGGUGGAGGACGAAGAGGAUCGGGGACGAAGGUCUGAUGGCUUUAGCUAAGCACUGUUUGUUACUGCAAGAGCUUGUGCUUAUCGGUGUUGACGCGACGCAUGCGAGCUUGUCUGCUAUUGCUUCCAACUGUAAGAAGCUGGAAAGGUUGGCUCUCUGUGGGAGUGGUGCGAUUGGGGAUGUGGAGAUGGCUUGCAUCGCGGAGAAGUGCGUGGCGUUGAGGAAGUUCUGCAUCAAGGGAUGUCCGGUUACGGAUGUUGGGAUCAAGGCGCUUGCGUUGGGGUGUCCUAAUCUGGUGAAGCUGAAGGUGAAGAAGUGUAUUGUUGUUACAGGGGAUGUCAGGGAGUGGCUGCGUGAACGGAGGAGGACGUUGGUGGUGAGUAUGGAUGGAGAUGAGACCAAAGGUCAGGUCAUGGGAAGUGAGGAUGGUGGGGGAGGUCUUGAGACGGUGGUUGAGGAGGUGCUGACGCCGGUUGCUGAUGGUGGUGGGGAUGGAGAGGUUGCAGGUGGUGGUGGUGGUAGGUUAGCUAUGUUGAAGACUAAGUUACUUGCAAGUAAAAACUUUGUGGCUUUCACACUAAGGAGAUGGUUGCUGAGUGAAGCGACUAGUUCUACUUGAUUACGACGUCUUUUUUUUUCAAAAAGGGAAAAGAAGAUCCCGCUUCUGUAUUAUUUCUUGUUUGUUUGUAUGAUCUUUAACAAUUCAUUAUCAAUAUUUCAUGUGAUCA